AGAAAGAGUGGCUCGUGGUCAAAUUCAAGUUAGACAUACUCCAGGAAGAUUUCAAGUUUCAAAAUCUCUUAAGCAAGUCCCCUAGUUCAACAAUAUUUUUAGAUCAUCGAGACAAACUCACUGUAGACAAAUACUCCACAUUGAGUUUGAAUGGGGAUAAAAAUGAU